AUGCAGCUGUCUCGCCUCGGACUGCUGGUUGCCUCCUUGGCGACCUCCAUUGCAGCACAGUCUACAUUUUCGCCGGCUCGUCCCCCCGCCAUACCUCUUGCGGUCCGAUCUCCAUAUCUCAGCACCUGGCUUGAUGCCGGAAGUGAUGGAGGCAAUGGCGGAUACCUGGCUGGUCAAUGGCCAGUAUUCUGGCAAAACCAGGUAACGGGCUGGGCUGGUAUGAUCCGUGUAGAUGGCAAUGUUUACACUUGGAUGGGCUUACCGGACACUAAAGCCGUCAACCAGGUCGCGUACGAAUACACUUCCACGAAAAGUAUUUUCACCAUGCACGUGGAGAACAAACUAGAGAUGAACAUCACUUUCAUGUCGCCUAUCACCCCGGACGACUUCAUGCGCCAGUCGUUGGUUUUCUCAUAUCUCAACGUCGAGGUCUCUUCUCUCGAUGGCCAGGACCAUGAUGUGCAGGUCUACGCGGAUAUCUCUGCAGAAUGGGUCUCGGGUGACCGCAACGCAGUCGCGGAAUGGGAGUAUGGUACCACCGACGGUGUGGCGUACCACAAGGUCUUCCGACAGACCCAACUUGCCUUCUCACAGAAUAACGAACAAGGAGAAUGGGGCUACUGGUACUGGGCCACUGACGAUUCCCCCAGCACAACCCACCAGUCCGGUGCGGAUAACUUCGUGCGCUCUCAAUUCGCUACGAACGGGAAACUCACCAACGAGGACGAUACCAACUUCCGUCCCAUCCACCAAGACUGGCCCGUUCUUGGACUCUCGUCUGACCUGGGCUCCGUCGGCUCAUCUCCUGUCAGCACCUUAUUCUCCCUCGGACUGACACAGGAUGAAGCUGCUCAAUACGAGGGUGCUGAGGCAUACGGUCCCGUUCCGUCCUUGUGGAAGAGUUAUUUUGAUACCGAAUUGGAUGCCCUUUCCUUCUUCCAUCAUGACUUUAGCGAGGCCAGUGUUUUCUCAACUUGGUUUGAUGACAGAGUUGCCGAGGACUCUAUCGCUACGGCGGGUCAGGACUAUCUCACGAUCACAUCGCUUUCAGCACGGCAAGCAUUUGGUGCUACGCAGCUCUGCGGUACCCAAGAAAAGCCUUACUUGUUCCUCAAGGAGAUUUCCUCCGACGGGAACAUGAAUACCGUCGAUGUGAUUUUCCCAGCUUACCCAAUCUUCCUGUACUCCAACCCUGCUCUUCUCAGACUAGUCCUCGACCCUCUGUUUGAGAAUCAAGAAGCCGGAAAGUACCCCAACAGCUAUUCCAUGCAUGACAUGGGAUCGUCCUACCCCAAUGCCACUGGUCAUUCCGACGGCAGUGACGAAAGAAUGCCCCUUGAGGAAUGCGGAGACAUGCUCAUCAUGACGCUGGCCUAUUCGCAAAAGUCCGGAGACAUCGAUUAUUUGGACCUCCAUUACAACUUGCUCAAGAAGUGGACUAGUUACCUAGUGGACGACUCUCUCUAUCCUGCGAACCAGAUCUCCACUGAUGAUUUCGCCGGCUCCCUAGCCAACCAAACCAACCUAGCGCUUAAGGGCAUGAUUGGUAUUCAAGCCAUGUCUGUUAUUGCCAACAAGACUGGUCACACCGACGAUGCUGUCAAUUACUCAAACAUUGCCCACGACUACAUCAGGCAGUGGCAGGAGCUGGCUAUUGCCAAGGAUGCGAACCCACCGCGCACGACCUUGGCUUACGGCGAUACCAACAGCCAUGGUCUGCUCUACAACCUGUUUGCUGAUGUGCAGCUAGGCCUCGGCUUAGUGCCUCAGUCUGUUUACCAGAUGCAAAGCGAAUUUUACCCAACUGUGGCUAACAAGUACGGUGUGCCUUUGGACACCCGUCACGCUUACACCAAGAGUGACUGGGAAUGCUUCGCUGCGGCAAUCAGCUCGGAAGGAACUCGAGACAUGUUCAUCAAACGCCUUGCUACAUGGAUCAAUGAAACGCCAACAAACCGACCUCUCACCGAUCUAUACGAUACGGAGUCUGGAAAUUACCCUGAAAACACCUUCGUCGCUCGCCCUGUGAUGGGAGGAUCAUUUGCACCGCUGCUUGUUCGCUAG